GUUGGAGAUCAUAACAUAACAAUAAUCGCGAUCCUGCAAACGCAUCGUCCCGGUUUCCUUUGCAAGUGUCAUCUGGUGGAAGCUGCUGGUCGUUGUGGGCCGGCUUUACCUCACCUUGCUCUUUGUUUUAUUUCUAGUUAUAGUUAGUUAUUGGAUCCCAUCUUCCUGAGUCAUUAUCUUCUUCCCCUCCCGCCCUUCUCUCUCCAUUUUUCAUCUCCCAUCUUUUAACUAAUGCCCCGCCGGUCCUAAGCGCCAGCGCUACGCCCAGAUUUGGACGAUCUGCUUCCAGCACAUGCUCGUCAUCGCGCGCUCCUCAGGUUGAUCCCAGCGUCACCACCUGCAUUUCGGUCACUGUUCAGCAAUUGACACUAUUGCAAUUGUUUUUUUGAUAGUUCUUGCGGCACAGAACGCCUAGCCAAGCUCUUUAGUGAUAGGAUGUCGCUCUCCCCAGAUUCCCGCGAUCAAUACAUUCCGAUCAUCGAUUCAAUUCUAGCAAAAAGCGACCUCAACACCAUAUCUGAAAAACGCAUUCGCAAAGGGCUCCAGGAAGCUGUCGGCUAUGAUCUUACCCCGCAGAAGGCUGCGAUUAAGCAGCUUAUCAUGGAAAGGUUCGACAUCUUCGCCGAAAAAGGGGGCGUAGAGGCCCCCUCGACGACCAACGGCCACGCGCAAGAUAAUGGGUCUGCAACCCCUGUGGAACCGUCCUCCCCCGCCCAAUCCUCGAUUUCGCAGAAACGCCAGGCGGACAGUGCGGAACAGUCGGAUAAUUCGAGCAAGACCCCCCCAGCUAAGAAGAAGAAGGCGAGUCACGAUAUCGAUGCGGAUGCAUUGUUUGCUGCGAAGUUGCAGGCCGAGGAGAAUAUGCGCGCUCGCCCUACUCGCGGGGCAAGUACCCGCAGAGCACCCCCAGUGGUGAAAAAGAAGAAGCCGAGCGCAAAGACGGCGAAAAAGGUCAAAGCAGAGGAUGAUUCAGACCUGGAGUCUGGCUCCGACUCGGGGAAGAAAGUGAACCGAUCGGGAGGGUUUCACAAGCCGCUUACCCUUUCACCAGCACUUUCUGCUCUAUUGGACGGUGAGGUGACUCUUUCCCGCCCCCAGACGGUGAAGAAAUUGUGGCAGUAUAUCCACGAGCACGAUCUUCAAGACCCCAGCGACAGGCGUCAAAUUCGUUGCGACGAUGCAAUGCGUGCGGUCUUUAAACAGGACCGUAUACAUAUGUUCACGAUGACGAAGAUUCUCAGUCAAAACCUGUACAGUCCGGAUGAAUAGUCCUCUCGAUCUUUUCUGGAGGCAGGCAACUGCAUGCCUCGCCCCUUCCCAUGAGACUGCUGCAACCUUACGAAUAUUUGAUAUUUCCUCGCUAUACCGCAUUUGGAAACUAGGCGCUAUUUCUAUCCUUGCUUUUCUUAUUUUCCUUUGACAUUUUUCUUUUUAUUAUUAUUCCUGCUUCAUCUCUGCGAGUGAUCUUGCUGCUGCAUUUUCCUGUUCUCUCACUAUUGGCGAAAUGAUUGCCCUUUUCUUUCCUUUUGUUUCUCUGCUAUUCUCUCCAGCGGGAGUUGGUGUUGACUUGCAGACAGGUGUGAUUGAAUUGCUGUUAACUAGAAACUUGCUAUUCUUGACAUAGAAUGUCAUAGCUGGACCCGUCGUUGAAUACUAUUCAUUUCUGACAACUCAUUUGUAGAUGAGUUGAGUCACAGCCU